AUGGCGACUAAAUUCGCUGUCAAAUCACUCGAUCACCUGGUACUGACCGUGCGCUCCAUCCCAGAGACAGUGGCCUUUUACACCACCCACUUGGGCAUGCGACACGAGGUGUUUGCAUCACCUGCCAGCCCAACCAUUCAAAGACAUGCUCUUAUCUUUGGGAGCCAGAAAAUCAACCUUCACCAAUCAGGAAAAGAAUUCGAGCCCAAGGCACAAAACGUCAUGCCCGGGAGUGGAGAUCUGUGUUUCUUGACAGAUGAAAAUGUGGAGAAAGUCUUGCAAGCAUUUCAGCAAGCGAAAAUAGAGGUCCUUGAGGGUGCCAAGGUUGUAGACAGAACCGGGGCAGCCGGAAAGAUCAGGAGUGUCUACGUGAGAGACCCUGAUGGGAAUCUUAUUGAAGUAUCCAACUAUGCUUAA